AACAGUAGAAGGCGCUAUACACCAAUGGAAUGUAGGUUUUCAACCGGUGACCCAAAUGUUGACGCAAGGACAGUCAAAACAUGACUCGAAAUAUGUUUUACCGAGCUGCUAAUAUGUCCAACUCAGCAGGUUUACACUUCUAGCUGGGUCAAGGUUACUUUGCACGCAAACUCAAGCAGAGCCACUGACUGUCAGACAGCAAAACAAUGGAAUAAGGAGAAUAACCCUGAACAACCCUAAGAAGAGGAAUGCCCUGUCUCUGUCCAUGCUGGAAUCACUGAGAGGCAACAUCCUGGCAGACAUCGACAGCGACGACCUCAGAGUCAUUGUCAUAUCAGCUAAGGGACCAGUGUUCUCCUCUGGGCAUGACCUGAAGGAGCUGACGUCAGCACAGGGCAGAGAUUACCACACCAAGGUGUUUCAGGCCUGCUCAGAGGUUAUGACCCUGAUACAAGACAUUCCCGUGCCUGUGAUUGCCAUGGUGAAUGGGGUUGCCACAGCAGCAGGAUGCCAGCUUGUUGCCAGUUGUGACAUUGCCGUGGUGACGGAGAAGUCCACCUUCGCCACGCCAGGGGUCAACGUGGGUCUGUUCUGCUCAACACCAGCCGUGGCAAUAGGAAGAGCUGUCCCCAAGAAGGUCGCCAUGGAGAUGCUGUUCACGGGAAGCCCGAUCUCGGCCCAGGAUGCUUUGCUGCACGGGCUGGUCAGUAAGGUGGUUCCUGAGGAGCGUCUAGAGGAGGAGACGUUAGCCAUCGCACGGCGGGUCUGUCAGGCCAGCCGGCCCGUUGUAGCCCUUGGCAAGGCCACCUUCCACAGACAGAUGGCCCAGGGGCGGGAUGCGGCCUACGCUACAGCCUCUCGUGUCAUGGUGGAUAACCUGGCUCUCAGAGACGGACAGGAGGGGAUACGGGCCUUCAUAGAGAAACGGAAGCCUGUGUGGACAAACAAAGCAGAGAAGGCCAAUGACGAGUGAUGUCUGCUGGGCUGGCCUACCAUGGCCUGUGAGGGGUGCACAGGCUGGUGAGGGGUGCUCGAACCAGGGACCCUCUGCACACAUCAACAACUAACACCCUCAAAGCAUCGUUACCUAUCGCUCCACAAAAGCCACAACUAUUUCAAGGUCUCAGAGCGAGUGACGUCAUCGAUUUAAACACUAUUAGCGCGCACCCCGCUAACAUGCUAGCCAUUUCACACCAGUUACAUCAGCAGCCUCUGGAAUGGAGAGGGAGCCUGUGGAUGGUUGAGGUGUUAAACUCGACCCCAAUUGGUCCCGAACCCAUCACAGAACACAAGUGCUCGAGGAGGACAUUUUGAAAUUAAAUCCCUGUUGAUUAUUGUUGUGAUCUGAUGAAGGGAUACUGCAGGGCUGUCUUCAUGUAUGCCCUUAGGAGGGGGUGAGGUGAAAGGUCUUGGAAAGGUAGAAACUUGAGAUACACCCAUAGUCAAGGGACUCACACAGGACAUAGAUUGGGAACUUCUUGUGAGACAGAAUGUAAAUGUUUAAAGGGGCAAUCUGCAGUUGAAACAAUUAAAAAGCGGUCACCCCGCCACUGAUUUGGUAAAAAGCUGAUGGAUGGGACUGGAGAAAUGUAACCACUCUAAAAUUCAUAGACAGAGCUAUGGAUGCAAGGACUGACCGUCCAUGAGAUACACAUGUGUUUUGAGGCUAUACAUUAUUUACAAAGGCGUAAAACAAGCUUAUAUUUGUGUUGCUGAUAGGGUAAGACAAUAGAACUAAGCUCAUGAGGAAUGUAUUAAGUUUUAUUCUACAAAAAUCAAUGGGUAUAUAAAGUGCAUUCGGAAAGUAUUCAGACCCGUUGACUUUUUCUAAAUUUGGUUAUGUUACAGCCUUAUUCUAAAAUGGAUUUGUUUUUUUCCCCCCUCAUCAAUCUACACACAAUACCACAUAAUUACAAAGAAAAACAGGUUAUAAUUUUUUGCAAUUGUAUUAAAAAUAAACUGAAUUUUGACAUUUA